AUGUAUAAAUGCAUGGAUGUUAAUCGUUUUCAUUUCAUUGAAGGUGAUACUGAUUCAUCUUAUUGGGCAAUCGCUGGCGACCCAAAUCUUCCUAACACUCAAGCAUUUCAAGCAAUUGUUACCGAUAAACAAUUUUAUGAUAAAAACAUUUUCAAAUUCGCACCAUUUGAUUUCUUCUGUUUUGAUGAGAAAUUUAAACCUAAAUUAAAGAAUAAAGCUGAAGAAAAAGCACAUGAGAAAAAAUUAUUGGGUUUAGCAAUUGAGAAACAAGGUGAUAACAUGGUUGCUUUAUGUCCUAAGUGUUAUACAUCAUUCAACGGUUCAAUUGAUGGAAGUGAUUUUAAAAAGAUUGCACAAAAAAUGAAGGGUGUUAGUUUAAGACAAAAUAAGCAAUUAACACCUAAAAAAUAUUUGGAUAUAAUAAAUGAUAAAGUGAUAUUUGAUGGUCAAAAUAUUAAUUUACAACUUAAAAACGGGUCAAUGACUCGCUUAACAAUCGGUAAGACUGCAUUAACAGGAGCACACACUAAGGCUGUAUGUUGUGAAAAUGGAUGUUGUAUGCCAUUUAUUUAA